AUGAUUGUAUUACAACACAGUGAGAUAAUAUCAUCAUUUGAAAAGAGCAUAAUUCAGAAGGUCCAUCGACAUAGUAACAGAUUGCAUGCCAAUUUGCGUGGUGUUGUGUCAAAAAAUGCAAUAGAUCACAUUGCGGCAGAGUUUGAUCGCGUGAAGUAUGUAGGUGUAGAUAAGUCUGAAUGUCGUUGCACAAUUAGGAGAACACAUGGUCUACCUUGUGCAUGUGAGAUAGCCAGGUAUAGUAUGAUCCCCCGUUCUAUUCCAUUAGAUGUAAUUCAUGUUUGGUGGACUAAAUUAACUUUUCAUGAUGAUGGAUCGGGUAAACCUUCAGAAUUAUCUGUGAAACAUGAAAUAGAAGUGAUAGUGAAAAAGUUUGAUGAACUUGAUGUACCUGGAAAAAUUUCACUGAAAGGUAAAUUACGUGAGAUUGCGUAUCCAUCGACUACGUCGAUGUGUCCACCUGUUGACAAGGUUAAAACAAAGGGUGCACCGAAAAAAGGCAAAAGUAAGAUAUCAAAAAGAGAUAAAUCAACCAAGCGUGAUCCAUCUUGUACUGUAAUUUCUAAUAAAGUACAACAACCUCGACCAUCAAUAACAAAGCUCACACCUCGACCAUCAGUCAACAAAGUUCAACAACCGAGAGUUCUUAUCUUCAAGGAAUGGUUGUCGGUUGAAAUUCACAAAUUCAUAGAUGACAUUAUUGACGUGGGCGAGGACGGUAAUUGUGGAUAUCGUGCAGUUGCAGCUUUACUUGGAAUGGGUGAGAACUUUUGGGCAUUCAUUCGUCAAGAGUGUGUGAUAGAGCUUCAAGAAUUCAUGUCUCAUUACGAGAUAAUAUAUGGUGGACAAAUUUUUGUUCAACAACUUAUACGCAAUGUAUAUGUUGAACAUGUUGCAACUUUGGAUAAUUGGAUGACACUUCCAGAAAUGGGAUAUGUGAUUGCUUCGAAAUUUAACUUGGUUUUCGUCGCAUUAUCACUUAACCAAUCAGAAACAUUUUUUCCACUUAGAAGUCCACCACCAACACCUAUUUCAGAUCAUCUUGAGCUCGGGUUUGCAUUUUUGAAGGUGGACAACCCAUUUAGAGUUAGGAAAACUAAACAUGUUAUUCAGACUCAGCCCAUUAAGAGUUAG